AUGCAUUUUGAACCGGCUACUCGUGAAUUUGAGCAGUGGCUCGCUCGCCAGAACAUCACCAUUCUGCCCAAGGUUGCUAUAGCAGACCUACGCCACCAAUUCCAGGGCAGGGGGUUGGUCGCUACCGAAGAUAUAGUGCCGGAAGAAGAGCUUUUUCUGAUCCCUCGACUGUCGAUACUCAAUGUGGAAAAUAGCCAGUUGUUGGUGGACAAACCGGAUAUUCGUGAUAAUCUUCUAGCGUUAACUCAUUGGGAACAAUUGACCAUUGUGCUUCUUUACGAGCUAGAAGUGCUCAAAUCAAAGUCUCGGUGGGUUCCAUACUUCAAUGUGUUGCCUAUCAAGGACACCGACAAUCUUGAGUUCAACCAGUUGAUGUUUUGGACCGACGCCGAAUUGAAGUUACUUUCUCCCUCGCUAAUCGUGGAAAGAGUGGGAAAAGACGUUGCCGAAGGCGUGUACGAAAAGCUCUUUCCCGCCUACGUAUCGCAACAAUUGCAGUUGCCGGAGCUUGCGGAAGUUACACUUCAAACGUAUAACCAAGUGGCAUCGAUAAUCAUGUCUUAUUCGUUUGAUGUCGAGAAAUUUGACCCGGAAAGUAACGGAGACAGCGAUGAGCCUAUGGACAUGGAGAACGCUGAGGAGUUGCUUGAGCUCAAUUUUUUCAAAUCGAUGAUUCCUUUGGCUGAUACCUUGAACGCAGAUACAAAACUCCACAACGCUAGUCUUGUGUAUACACCCGACUCGUUGGUGAUGAUAGCGAUCAAACCAAUUCCUAAGGGAAAUCAGAUCUACAACACCUACUCAGAUCACCCAAACUCGGAGAUCUUGCGACGCUACGGUUAUGUUGAAUGGAAUGGUUCCGAGCACGAUUUCGGUGAGGUGCCUUUGUCCUUGAUAAAAGAUUAUUUUGUGUCCAGGGGCCAAUUUACCGCAAAGUAUGUCGACGAGCUUCUUUCCAUCAUGUCGCAAAUCGUAGACAACGAUGAGUCGGGCCGCUGGGCUGACAUCGUACUUGAUUCCUACGAUUGUUUCGUGAGUCGGGAAGUCAUUAUUGAAUUCAUUUUCAUCAUUCAAGUACUCACGGUGCUUGCUAGCAUUAAUUCACUAAAUUCAAUGGAGCACUUGAGCGACGAGUCCAAGUAUCAGCUCGUUUCCCGUGUUUUCAAAAAGUGCUACAAGUUGAUAGAAUCAGGAAAGUUGACCAAAUGUUUUGAGCAAACCUACAAAGAUAUUUUAGAUCUCCGCUUGAAGCAAUACCCAAAAGCUGCCGCUGAAGAAUUCACCAGCGACCCCAAACACGACCGAGCCAGUUUAGCGAUGGCGGUUUUGAGGUCGGAAUACAAAUCAUUCAAAACCUGUUCUGACACCAAUGCCGUUUUUCGCAAGGGUGACGUCAAAUACAGCUUUAUUCUGGAUGAAGCCUUCAUUAAAAGUAUCGUGAACAAAAAAUUUUUAGAUGAGCUCCAUUAA